UUUUUAUUCAGAGAUGUCUGCAGAACACAACACUUUUCAUAACACGUUUUUUGUAAAAGCAAAGAAAGUGUAACAACAACAACAGCUAGUAGACUCUACUGCAUCUACCUGUGGAUGAACCGAUCUGUCGUGUUCAGUGAGCGGACACAGACUGUGAGGAGCGAGCGUCAAAUGGAAAACGCGGAGUGGAAUCAUAUAGCGGUGUAAUAAGAGAAAGUUUUUCGCGGGGAUGUGAAUCCUCUCUACUCUACUUCGGCUACCGUUCAACUUCGCCUACCAAAGGCGGGCGCCAGCCACGUCGGUCCGCGAGUUUCAAAGGAGAAAUAACUGAAAUAAAACCGGAGGGUGGCGGCCUGGCGGGAGAUGGUGACAGGUAUGCUCUGGAUUCUCUGCCUAAAGAUCAAGGUGUGGUGCCAUGGGUGUAAAGAAUCAUUAUUUCCUAAAUGCUGUUCUUUCGCGUUCUUGUCUCUCAGUUUUUGGUUUUCUUUAAGCGCGGCACUGCGAUUGCGCUUGUCAGCCAUUAGAACAAGCGUCUUAAUGAGCAGACAGGUUUCAACUGCGGUAAACGUAACGGAUAGAAUCCACAUAUGACCAAUCAGGAAACGCCAACAUGACUGACGGAACGAUUAGCCAAUUAAACGACAUCGUUCCUUACAUAAGGCAGUGCUAUUGAACAUUGGUAGGCCAAUGCACAAAGUUUAAAUGAAAAAUAAAAUGACUGGCAUAUAACUAAACAAAUCAAAUUAACGACAGCAGGCGGGCCCCCUGAAGGGCGGGGCCCCUGGGCUGGAGCCCAGUCAAGGCCAAUGGACCUGCAGGCUCAGUAAGGAUCGAAAUACAAAUCCAACAUAUACUUCCAUAGUUCACGGCCAUCUCAUAUUGCACAAGCAUCAAAAUGCCAAUACAGUUUAGUGGAUGGGAGACAUACUGUGAGAAAUCAAGGCACCUUAAACCAGGCCAAGAACCCCAAAAAAGCCACGGCUACAUAAUGUACCACGGGACACACAAAAGUGCAGCAGCAACGAUCAUAUCAUCAGGAUUCAGGCCUUCUAGUGGGGGAACUCUGGGCCCUGGAGUCUACUGUAGUAGGGACAUUAACAAAGCCAUGGGUUACCCAGGAGGCUGUGCUCCUGGUGACAGAGUUGUGUUCAAGCUGCGAGUGAGAGUAGGCAAGGUGAAGAAGAUUGACUCUAAAAGUAUGCUCUUGAUGCACACUUGGCAUCAGAAUGGAUAUGAUACAGCCUGGUUGCCCUCCCCUGUUAGCGGAAUGGAAGAAGACUGUGUCUGGGACCCAAAGCGACUCACAGUGAUCGGAAUAGCACACUGCACAGACGCCAGUACUAAGAGCUCCCUAGAGAGUCUCAUAAAGAAGCAGGGACAGGUGCAGGAAGCGGAUGGGAGAAGUCUGGAUCAGUGUAAGGGGUGUGGAAUGCACACACAGGAUAAACACACAAUGGAGAAAUGCUGGUGUUGUAAAACAUCCGUAUGCCCUUUCAUGGAUAAGCAUGUCUGCCAAAAGAGCUAAACUGAAGGGAGUCGUUUGUGCACAAAUGCUGUGAAUGUAUUAUUAAUUAUUAUAUAAAAUCAUCACUGCAAAAUUGAACAUCAGUCAUAGUUUUUACAAACUGGGGAAUGUUUAUGCAUUUCUCUGUAUGUGAUAUCAUUGUUUAAUCAGAUAAUGUGUUGUUAUUGAGGUGAACCACAUCGGUCUACAUCGUGAAGGAAAGUCGAACAUGCCAUGCACCCAGGGCAAAUAGUGAGCACACUAUUGCUUCACUAACAUGAAAAUUCAGCAAAUCAUAAGAGCUAAAGUAAGGACAAUAGUAAAUAUAAACUUUUUUUUUUUUUUUGAUAAAUGCUAGUUAUCCAGUAAGAAGCUAUUAAAUGGUGGCACAUUGUCAUGAACAGUGAAUGACAAGUGCAUCAUUUAAAAGAAUUUCAAAUAAUAAUAAUAAAUAAAUCAUAUAAUAAUAACUGCUCAAAUACCUCUGUUUUUCUGUUAUUAGUCAUAAAAUUAGGGUCGGGGUUGUUUAAAAUUCUAUUUCAUUUCCAGGGAGUUUUAUGAGAUUUCCAUAAGGAUGUAAUAAUGUCCCUCAUUUGAUAUUGUUGCCAUUUGCAAGGGAUUAAUAUUCCCACGAGGAAACUGCAAGGUAAUUAAUUUAAAUGAAACACAUGGUCCAUGGAUGCAUGUACAUAUUUACUGAUUCCUGAAAAUGUUUAUAGUUAAUAUUAGUUAAAGCUCAUUUCCUAUUACAGUGCAUCAAGUUGAGUCCUGAGCUUACAGCACCUUUCACACUCAUUGCACCAUUCUUGUUACAUUUCUACCGUGCAGCUGCUGAUUAAUUUGCUUAAUAAAGUUUACAGUUUUCUUUUCAACUUUUGUUUAUAAUUUUAUGUUGUUGAUUUUGUUUACACACUAAAUACUGCUAAAUACUUUGAUACUAAUGGUUUCUCAUUUUAAAGGCCAUUCAAACUGACAACCAUGUGAAGUGGUCGAAGCAACCUUGAAAAAAUGUUUUAAGCACAAUUUGAGAUGCAAUUUAUGUAAUGUUUAAUUGCUGUUAAUUGCGGUGUCAUACCCUUUGCAAUGCCAGGUCUUCUGCAGUGGAUGACCUUGACGGUCAAUCUUUUUUACUUUCCCAACUUUAACCUUGCAUCGCAGAACCACUAUCUGAUGCACAGGUGAAAGCAGAGGGUAUCUUAUUAGGCCUUUUAGAUCUCGACUGAGGUAAACACCAGUCCCGAGCAUGCCAUCAAGAGACCGAUGAAAACCCUCUGUCCAUAUUUUUGCUGCAGCCGCCCUGGAUGUGCCAUGACACAUUAAAUAGACUUGAUCUUUCUCUGGUUGUGUGUAACUCAGGACUUUUUCAACCCACAUGUUUGCACCUGGAGAAAAUACAAAUAAUGUUUAUCAUCUGUUGAGCAAUUUCCAUGAUUAAUGAGUAAAACUGAAUUUAUUGUGUUCGGCCCAUCAGACUCUGGCUCUUCAAAUGUAAAUCUUGGUGAGCUAACCUCCUCCGUAAAGCCGUGGGUAAAAAUCUGGGUGUUAUCUUUGAUGAUGGCUUAAAGUUUGACAAACAGAUUAACAGGGUGGUCAAGUCCUGUUUCUUUCAGCUUCGAUUUCUGGCUAAAGUAAAACCUAUCUUGUCAGUAAAAACUUUGAAAAAGUAAUUCAUUCUUUCAUUACAUGUAGAUUAGAUUACUGUAACUCUCUGUAUUUCGGGAUCGGUUAGUCAGCCCUAUCCCGUUUGCAGUUAGUACAAAAUUCAGCUGCGAGGCUGUUAACAAGCACUAAAAAACGAGAUCACAUCACCUCAGUGGUACGGUCCCUGCACUGGCUUCCUGUGCAAUACCGUGUACAUUUUAAAAUUCUUCUUCUAGUGUUUAAAUCCUUACACGGUUUGGCCGCCUCCUAUCUAUCAGACUUACUGGCUGAACAUCGGCCCAUUUUGUCUCUCCGGUCGUCAAACCAAAGCUUACUGUGCAUCCCGAAGUCUAUGUUGAAGUGCAGAGGUGACCACGCCUUUUCAGUUGCUGCCCCUAGACUGUGGAAUUCCUUGCCACUCAGAAUCAGAUCUGCAUCUUCCUUAUCUGUUUUUAAAUCAAUGCUGAAAACUUACCUUUUUGAUGUUGCUUUUUGUGACUAAGAUAUUUUAAUUUCUGAUGUAUUUUCGUUUUUCUUGAAAUUGUUUUCUCUUGUGCAGCACAUUGGUCAACCCUGGUUGUGUUUAAAAUACUGCUAUAUAAAUAAAGAGGACAUUGACAUCAAACAACCCAUCAUGGGU